AUGAACGUCUUUAGCGGCGCGAACAGUCUCAUCGACUACUUCAACCCGGACAAGAACGCGCCUCUGCCUCUGGUCGAGUUGCCACCCCAGCUCAAUCCAUACUACGACGACGGAGUGAGGAUCUAUGCCAAGAUGCUCACCGCUUUGCCUGCAACCAACGUCAAGAGUCUACCUGCACUCUCACUCCUCGAGUCUGGCGGCGUCAUCUCGCUUGACUCUACUCCGGAGCAACGUGCGGCACAACCCAUCCACACGGUGACCGAAUCCUCCUCCGGCUCCACCGUCACCUCGAUGGCCAUGAUCGCACGUCAGCACGGCGUCUCCAAAGUGCGUGCUUGGAUGUCGAACAAGGUCUCGCCUACCAAAUCCUCCCUGAUGCGCUUCUUCGGCCUCGAACUCGCCCUGUUCGGUGGUCCCUCGCAGUCGCCUCCGCAGGACCCCAUGGGCGGGAUCGCCAAAGCUGCCUCGCAAGGCGCCCAACCCGGCGUGUUCAACCCGAACCAGUACGAGAACCCCGCCAACCCUGCCGCGCACGAAAGGUGGACCGGCAAGCAACUGCUUCAACAGCUUCCCGACAUCAACGUUUUUGCGGGAGGCAUGGGCACCGGCGGCACCAUCACAGGUACUGCCACCCGCUUGAAACAGGACCAGCCCGACAUGCACAUCAUCGGAGUCUGCGUCGCUCGAGGCGACAAGAUCCCCGGUCCACGACCACGCGAGCUGCUCGAACCCGUCGACUUCCCCUGGAAGCCGCUCGUCGAUUCGGUCGAAGACGUCGUCAGCAAGGACAGCUACACGCUCAGCAUGCAGCUCUGUCGCUACGGGAUCGUGUGCGGUCCCAGCAGCGGCUUCUCCCUGCAAGGGCUGUUCCAGGUGCUGGAACGACGCAAGAGGCAGGGAACGCUGGCGGCGCUUCGUCAGCAGAACGAUGGCAAGCCUAUCCAGGCUGUGUUCCUCUGCUGCGAUCUGCCGUUCCAGUACGUGGACGAGUACUUUACAAAGUGCGAUGCGGAUAUGUUCCCGCCGAUCGUGAACGAGCAUCUGUUCAAGGUGGAUCAGUAUGCGUACAGUACGAGUUGGAUUCUGGACGUUGCUAGUGCACAGACGAUGCUCGUCUACCCGCGAUUUGCCGCGCAAGCUGCAGCGACACAACCUCUGCCGUCUCCGUCGGACUUCUCCUCGGAUCCGUCGGAAUCGGACUCGGACACGUCGACACCUGCUUCACCGGGUCUGCUGCGUCCGGCGAUCAUCGACCUCCGCUCGCGCGCCGAGUUCGCUGCCGGUCACCUCGCCCACGCGCGCAACAUCCCCCUCUCGAGCCUCAACGCCGACGAUCCCAGUCCGUACCAGGACGCGGUGCUGCUCGCGACGCAGUUUACCGAACUCAACAAGAGAUUUGUCGAACAACCGCGCGUCGAACACCAGUGCCCCGGCAACGGUGUCGCCGAGUUGAAUCAGCUGGAGCUAGCCGAGAUGUUGGAGUGCCUGAGGAGGUCCGAGAGGGAGGUGCUGGUGGUGGAUUACGAUGGGGAGACGGCGAGGUUGGCGGUGAGCGUGUUGAGGCAUGCGGGCGUGAAGGCGUAUUCCGUGGUGGGAGGUUGGGGGGCGUUGAAAGGCAUUGGUGGGAUCGUCAAGGGGUGA